CUCCUGUUCUACAAACGUGCUGUGUGUUUAUCGUAUAACAAAAACAUUACUUUAUUUUAAACACAAAUAUGGGAAAAAAAGAUAAAAAUAAGAAAAAGUUAAGUGGUACGGUAAAAACGGCAAUUAAAACGGAAAAGAAGUUAAAUGCUAAACAGAAAAAAGAAUUAGCAGCUUUAGGAGAGGAGGAUAUAGAAAAAGUUAUUGCCGAUAUUGAACGGGAAGAAGCUCGUAGACAACGUGUUGUAGAAAUUGUAAUUGAACCACCAUCUCGUAGGGUUAAUUUUUCUUUAAUAGCUCAUCCUUUUAAAGAUGAACUUAUUAUGUUUGGUGGAGAAUUCCAUGAUGGUCAAAAAACAACUGUAUACGGUGACAUGUUUACUUAUAAUUUAAAUAAAAAAGAAUGGACAGUGAUAAAAGCACCGGGUGCUCCACCACCUAGAUGUGGUCAUCAAGCAAUAGUUACUUCUACAAAUAAAGGAGAAAUGUGGAUCUUUGGUGGAGAAUUUUCUAGUCCUUCAGAAUUACAAUUUUAUCAUUACAAAGAUCUAUGGGUUUACAGAAUGGGAGAGAAAAAAUGGGAAAAAAUUGUAUCUCCUGGGGGUCCCUCGGCUAGAAGUGGUCAUAGAAUGAUUCACAUGAAAAAGAAGCUAAUAGUAUUUGGUGGUUUUUAUGAUAAUCUUAGAGAUUAUAAAUAUUAUAAUGAUAUUUAUAUGUUUAAUUUGGAAACAUAUACAUGGCACAAAAUUGAAUGCACUGGAAAUCCACCAGCACCACGUUCUGGAUGUAUAAUGUUACCUACAUCUGAAAAACUACUUGUUUAUGGUGGCUAUAGUAAAGAAAAAAUUAAAGCAGGAGUUGAUAAGGGACAAAUUCAUACGGAUAUGUUUUUGUUAUCUCCAGAUAAGAAUGACCAGACUGGUCUUAAGUGGAAAUGGAUAUUAACAAAACAGACAGGUCUCAAAUGUUCUCCUCGCUGUGGUAUGACUGGUAUUUUAAUACAACCACAUAUAGCAUAUGCAUUUGGUGGAGUUUUUGAUAAUAUAGACGAUGAAGAAGAAUUACAGGGAACGUUCUAUAAUGAUUUGUUGUCAUUAGACUUAGAAAAAUUCCAAUGGCAUGAAGUUAGAUUGACUGGUAAAAGAGAACCACCAGGACAACGUAAAAAAGAAAAGGCACAAAAAGAAAACCAUAUAGAUGAAUGUAAUUCAAAUGGAGAUAAGGAAAGCAGUGAUAUUUGUGAAAAUUCACAAACAGGAACAACUAAUUCUAACAAAUCAAUGCAAACUCCCGUUACUUGUAUCGACGAGGAUGAAAUAUUUACAUUAACUGUUACUUCGAAUACAUCAUGUAACACACAGGCAAAUAGUAUGGAAAAAGUUGAAAAUAUAUUCUUUCCUUCACCAAGAAUAAAUCCUGGACUUGUUGUAAAAAAUAAUACUUUGUAUUUAUAUGGUGGUAUGCUGGAAGUUGGUGAUAGACAAUAUACUUUCAAUGACUUUUAUAGUUUAGAUUGUCGCAAAAUGGAUGAAUGGAAAACUAUAACGCACGAUGAUUUAUCUUCACAAGAAUGGCAUAACACAAGUAGUUCUGAUUCAGAAGAAGAAGACGAAGACGAAGACGAUGAUACGAGUAAUAACUCCUCUAGUAAUGAGCAAUAAUUACUGUUCAAUAAAAUUUUUAAUUUAUAAUA